GUCUUUCUGCUCAACAUCCCCAGCUGGGAUUGGAACGCUGGUGACGAGAUCGUCUGCUUUAACGAAUUGAAGUUGGGCUUCCUGGCCCAGAGCUGUGUAGCCCCCGGCUUCUCCACCCUCCUCACCAACCUCUUCUGCAUGCGCUCCUCUCAUCGGGUUCCAGUCGUCCGGUCUCAACGGCCAACCAGCCUCGAGGAAGACGAGCUCGUCUCGAGCACCGACGAGCCGCCACGAGCAUGUCGUUGCUGCAAUUCUCUCGGUCGAUUGCGCAGGUCGUCAACCAACUGGACGGCAAGCAAGCGUCCCUCAACUUGUACUCAACUGCCCUGGCGACCGAGCGUGUGUGUGAAGAAGGUGCCGCAGAAACCGGAAGAUCAGGACUACUCGAGCUUUCUGUUGUUUCGGCCAAGUGCCCUGGCAACCGGUCUGGCCCGGCCGACCAGCAUGCUCAAUGCAGCCCCAGUCGUCAGCUCGCCACCACCACCGCUCUCGAAUGUCGCUAUGGCAACCACGAGUUCGACCGCUGCGUCGGCAGCCGCUGCCGCCGACCAACUCCCACUGAACGCAGGCUCGUCACUGUUCCGGCUCUCCAGUCACCGACGGCACCGGUUCGCCUGGGCCGCUCGUCUUCCCACCGGUCUGAGUCGGCUCUUUCUGGUACCGGAGGACAACACACCGGCCGAGGCAGCGCCGGGCGCCGGUGAAUUGGCCGGACAGACCGGCCAAUUCACCGGGCCGGCCUUCUUGCGCCAGUUCAGCCUACAGCCCCUCAAGUAUGCUCAUCUGCCGACGACAGCGGCGGCCGCGGCAGCCGCCCAACGCGUGUCUACCCGGUCGGCCCGGCCGGGCGGCCCGACGGCCCAGUCGGUCGUCUGUGUCGGCCCGCCUCACGGCCUCCGACGACAGCCGGACAUCGCGUUUCACGUGGCCAGCCGACGCUGGCUCGAGGACUAUCUGUACGGCGUGAGCAUGGAGUUGUAUUCGGCCAACUUUUCGGCCAGUUUCGACGGUUUCACGUUCGCCGAGGCGGCUGUGCUCUGUCGAAUGCGACUGGACAUUAUGCUCAUCGCUGUGGUCGCUCGUCAGGCGGGCUCGGUCGGGCCUCGGGCCCCCGAGGCGGGCCUCGACGCCGACGUGGCCUGGCUCGACGGGCAGGCCAACGUGUACGGCAGCCACCGAACCCGGCUCGAGCCGACUGGCGCCAAGCCGGAGACGGUCGGUCAGGUCGGCGGACUGCGCGAGCGGGAGUCAGGCAAUUCUGACGACGAAUGGGAGUUGGAGGCCGAGGAGGAGGCGAGGCCGGACUGGCAGGACUCGGACUACUUCCUGGCCAUCAAUCCGACACUUGAGUCUAAAGUGCGUAUCUGUAAAGGUACCAGAGGAUUUUUUAUCUGCGACUCUCAAGAGAUAGCCACGCGAGCUGCUGUUUACUGUUCUCGGUAA